AUUUCACAAACUGGGAAAAUUUUGAACAUCAUUUUACUAACAUCGUACAAAAAGAGCCAUCCAUAAGAUGACUUCAAAAGUAUUAUUGAACAAAUUUUCUUCCUCGAUUCGGCAUGUGUAUGUCGUCAACUUUGUUCCUUCCUUGUCGUUUGCGACGAACAAACCACCUUCGGAAAAACCUGCAAGUCCGCGAAUGGAAGAAUUUCAAAAAAAGUUACGUGAGAAAACUCCGAUCGGCAAGCUCGAUGAAAUUGUUGGCAAACAUCCAUAUCAAGAGAAAGAACCGUUGGAAGCAUGGCCAAACAACACCAACCCUAACACUGGUGAAAUCGGAGGUCCACGUGGACCGGAACCGACCCGUUAUGGAGACUGGGAGCGUAAGGGGCGUGUUACUGAUUUUUAGAUACCUGUGAAAGCCUGCUGAACAGUAUAUGCAGCAAUAUAUAGGCGAUUGGAAAUUACUGUUUAGCUUUCAAGAUUGUUAAAAAUUUAGAAAUAGGUUGAGGUUAAUAUUUUAUUAGUUUACUGAGCAGUUAGUCAGUAGUAAUAUAUCGUCGUUUUCAAGCGAUAAAUGAUUGUAAUUUGGAAAAAGAAUCUGCUUAUUGAGUUUCACCCAUCAAACGCUGAACCAUUUUGUCACUUAAUUCCCACAAUUCUUGCUGAAGUUGCUCGUUUUUAGAUGCACCAGAUGGUUCACAUACGUAGCAAUUGUUGAAAUACAAUGAAGUCAAACCGGUUAAUUCGUGGGCUGUAGCACAAAAGACGGUUGUGCUGGCGGCUUGUUGCUGGAAUAAUUAAAAAAAAAAAUAUGAAAAAGUUAUCCCAUUUCGAAAUAGCUAAAAGGCUCCUACCAAUGACUUGGUGAAUGGGCGUACCAAACCAAAAAGAAAGCGAUAAAACCACCAAUUUCUGGAAAGGGAUGAUGACACCAUGUUGCCAGGAUGAAGAACAAAUACUGAGAUGCCCCUUGGCUUCCAGCGCUGCAGUAAGCAUAUAAUAGGUAUAAAAUAGUUAGAUGGUACUUCAAGUAUUUCAAACGAACGUUUGGUGAAAAAUAUUUAAAAUAAAAUAUUG